AAUGCGCGUUAGAGAAGGAGAGCGGAGAGCUAUUGGGACGUCUUAUGCGUAUCUGGCGCGGUCAUCCGCGUUUUGGGAUUUCUUAUUUUUCACAUUUCCUUUAGUCCAUCUUUCUCUUCGUCCUUCCGCUUGUAUUCUAUUUUAAGGGUUUCCUUCUUCGCCCUCCUCCCUGAGUGCAGCAGCGCAGAGGACUGGUGUCUUUUUCUGAAAAAGAACUAGGAGCGAAGAAGGAUCGGGGGCUUGCACGAUGACCACACUGGAGAGAGUUCCUCCACCGCUUUAAGGCGAAGCGACAAGCACCCGCUUUGAUUUGGCUGGGACAACGCAAAGGGGAAAGAAGGUUUCGCUUGGAUUACAAAAAAAACGACGCAGUAGAAGGGCGCGCUGUUUAUUGAUUUUGUAAUGUAUACAUAAAUGCUCUUUGAAUUAUUCCCGACCGCUGCCCUCGCUCAAACCCUACUCCGCCUCGCUCCAAAUGAACGAUUCUCCCUGUGGAUCUGAGGCACACAUAGGCAGUCAGUCAUCCGAACGCACCAGCAGCGACGUCGACGGCAGCAAUAGCGAGCGUCCCUUCAAGAAUAUUAAGACCAAAGGCUUUUCGGUGUCCUCACUCUCACCCACGGAUCCUAUACGCCAGGCAAAGCGGCUGCCCAUUCGGAUUCUCAAGAUGUUGACCGCGCAUAGUAGCCACUUGCUUCACCCGGAGUAUCUACAGCCCUUGACCUCCGCACCAGUAAGCAUUGAGCUGGAUGCCAAGAAGAGCCCUCUGGCACUGUUAGCACAGACCUGCUCUCAGAUAGGCAAGCCAGACCCACCUCCCUCCACCAAACUGGGCUCCAUCACCUCUAAUGGCCUCAGUGACAAGGAACCUGGCGGCCGCUCCUCCAGCUCCAGCCUCAAGCUCGGAGAGCAGCACCAGUCUCUGGAGGACAAGUCCAGCUUCAAGCCUUACUCCAAAGUCGGCGGUGAGGUUCGGAAGGAGGGACCUGGUGCCAACGGCGGCGCAGACAAAGCCGGGUUUCGGGUGCCCGUCGGCAGUGGCAGCGCGGUUGCCUGCCCGUCGUUUCCCCCGCAUGCCAACUCGCCCAACUCCAGAACUGGCUCGCCCCACCAGCACUCACAGCUGCAGUCGCACAGGCAGACGCAGUCCCCCCCGGCCCAGCAGACACAGCACUCCCAGGCCCUGCACGCGGACUCCAAGCCUGGGGCCGCCGAUUUGGGCAGCGCAGACUCCAGUGGUGGCGGCGUGAAAAAGGAGGUGGAGCUGUGCAAGUCGGCGCUGGAUGGCGCCCAGCUCGCCAACUCAAGCCAUGCGCGGGCCAGCGCUAACUCCAGUAACGCCAGCGCAGACAGCAGCCCGCAUCAUGAGGGCAAGGCUGACUCAAACACGUCCCAGUCAGGCCCUGUGUCUGGACAUAUAGCACCCGUCUCCCCCUUCAAACCAGGCCACUCUGUCUUCCCCCUGCCGCCCUCCAGCAUGGGAUAUCAUGGGUCCAUUGUUGGUGCCUAUGCUGGCUAUGCGUCCCAGUUUGUGCCUGGGUUGGAUCAUACCAAGUCCACUCUGGUGGGAGGGGGGAUCGGGGUUCCUGGAAAACACCCCAGUUCCAGCCCCCUCACUGGAGCCUCUCCGCCCUCCUUCAUGCAGGGCUUGUGCAGGGACCCAUACUGCCUGACCUAUCCCAACGCUCCCCAUCUGGGGGGCAGCAACUGCACAUCGUGCGUCCACGACCCCUCCUCCACGCUCAAGUCAGGGUUCCCCUUGGUGUACCCCACUCACCCUCUCCACUCACUCCACCCCAGCUCCCUGUCUUCCAGCGUCACGCCCUCCCUGUCCCACCCCCUCUACACCUACGGCUUCAUGCUGCCCAACGAGCCUCUUCCCCAUGCCUGCAACUGGGUGUCAGCGGGGGGCCCAUGUGACAAGCGCUUCGCCACCUCCGAGGAGCUGCUGUCCCACCUGCGCACGCACACCGCGCUCCCGGGUAUCGACAGCAAGCUCCUCUCCGCCUACCCAUCGUCCGUCUCGUCCGCUGCCUCCUGUCACCUCCACCUGCCCCCGCCCAGCAGCCCCAGCUCCCUCCCCAGCUCCUUCUCCCUGCGGGCCCCACCGAGCCUGGGCCUCGCACGCUACCACCCCUACAGCAAGGCCCACCUGCCCUCGGCCGCCUCGCUGCCCAUGCAUUCUCUCCCGGCGUCCGCACCCUACUACUCCCCCUACGCCCUCUACAGCCAGAGGCUGGGCUCCGCCUCUGCCCUGGGUUACCAGUGAUCCGUGUUUGGGAGAGUGGGACCCAUUCUGGGUUGCUGAAAUGUGGGCGGCACUUGUUAGCCAGCAAGUUGCGCUGGGAUGGUCCGGGUCUGUGCUGGCCAAGUUUUUACCGGCGCGUAUAUAACGCCUGCUGGCCGCUUGUAGGGGGAGGCCAUCGACUUUGCACUGAGAUUCCCAAGCCCCAAAAUGGAAGGACUAGUAUUUUGCGAUGGAGAGGAGGGCUCAGGGGACCACCAGAGCCACCCCAGUGAACCUCUGCGUGGGCGAAACCAGGAGAGACGGACACGUUUGAGCUUGACUCUUGAGUGUGUGGGAUUAGUUUUUGUUUUUGGUUUUAGAUUUUUUUUUUUCUCCCAGACUGAAAAAAUAUAUUUAUUUUCAUGGAGUGCUUGGCUUUCAAGUUGGGGGAAAAUUUAUUAUCCAAAUGCAUUGUUCUUAAUUAUUCUUAUUAUAAUGAUAAUUCUAAUAAUAAAUAUUAUUAUACUUGCUAUACACUUUUUAUUAAAGUUUUGUGGUAUGCGACAUGGCAAAGAUGAACUGCAAGCUUCUAACAAAGGAACACCUAUCUGUCCACAAAUGCCUCAUAUUCUUUUCUUUUUCUAUAGUUUUCUGUGCAUUUUUUACCCCUCCUGCAGUUUGGUCCCUCUGGUGGGGUGACUAUGUGCAUGCUCUGACUGACAACCAAUGUCAAAAGUCCCCGACUGGGUGCUUAAAAUGCCAUUUAUUUUUGAUUUGAGCAAAAAAAAAAAAGAAACAAAGAGAUGUAAUAUUUUUUGUAAUGUAAUUACGUCAACAGACUGGGGUAGCCGAGGGGUGAUCGAGACAGGAAAAAUAAAUAAAGCGAAAGAGCGCAUACUGAUGGCAGUGCUGUCCAUUCA